UGGCUGCGCUCUGCCUUCCGUCAUGCUGCUGCGGCUUCUGCUCCCGCUGGUCGGCUCGGCAGUGCUUCUGCGGGCGGCGGCUUUGUUGACCCAAGGCAUCCCUUCAUAACCAGACUAUUGCCUGCUGGAGACUUCUGCAGAACAGAAGGGAACGGUCAGGAAGCAAAGAUGAUCUCCUUCAAGCAACUGCCUCUAGAAGCAAAGGCUGCAGUGGCUGCAGGAGUGGUUUUCUUCUCCAUGAUGCUUUCACGGAGUUAUCUGGCAGAGCAACUCGAGCUCAGGACGCGGCGUUGGUUUCUAAGGCUGCAGAUGGCACUCUUUGCUAAUGCACUCAUGUUGAUAGGAUCGCUUCAUGUUUGGAGAAGCACAGUCACCACGUUCUCCAGGUCUUCAGCUGCCAGCUCUGUCUGUUUCAUACCGUGGAAAAUAGCUGUGUUCAUGUUUCUAGCUUUGGCUCAUUCAAGCUUCUUUACAUUGCUAUUUCUUGUUGCAGAAGAACCCUAUUUCUUUUCUUUAGCUGCCUACACUUGCCUGGGGGCCUAUAUCAUUCUUAUCUUCUUCCUUUUCACUCUAGGCUCUGUAGAGCAGGCUUACAAGUUCUUGGCUGGGAGAGGUGCUAAGGCAGGUACUGGAAACAAGAACAGAACAGCAAUUAAACCAGUUUUGGCGGUCAUGCUUACUGCUGUGCUGACUGUCAUUGGGCUGUUAAAUGCUUCCCAGCCUCCCACUGUGAAUUCAGUGGAGGUUCCAGUUCUUAAGCUGCCCUCAACAAUGAAUAAUCUGAAAGUGGUGUUGCUUUCAGAUAUCCAUCUGGGGCCCACAGUUGGGAAGACCAAGCUUGCCAUGAUUGUGAGAAUGGUUAAUGCUUUGAAACCAGAUAUCACUGUGAUUGUUGGGGACCUGACUGACUCGGAGGCAGAGAUCAUACGACCUGCUGUUGAGCCCCUUGGAGAACUUAAAUCCCCUUUGGGGACUUACUUUGUUACAGGAAACCAUGAGUACUACACAUCAGAUGUUAGCAACUGGUUUGAGCUGUUAAAAUCAUUUAACAUUCGGCCACUCCAUAAUGAGAAUGUGAAGAUUGUUUCACCAAAGAGCACUGAUGACUGGUUCUGUCUGGCUGGCGUUGAUGAUAUUGAAGCAGAUGUAUUGCGCUACUCGGGGCAUGGCAUGGAUUUGAAAAAAGCACUCACAGAUUGUACAAGUGAGCAUGCAAUAGUGCUGUUAGCUCAUCAGCCAAUUGCUGCAAAGUGGGCCCUUCAAGAGAGACCAGACAUAAAUUUAAUUCUCUCUGGCCAUACUCACGGAGGGCAGAUGUUUCCACUACAUGCUGGGGCUUAUUUUCUGAAUCCCUUCUUUGUUGGCUUGUACGAAGUUGGGCAGAACACCUUUGUCUAUGUCAGCCCGGGGACAAUGUACUUUGGGAUUCCCAUGAGGCUGGGCAGCAGAGCUGAAAUAACAGAGAUAAUUCUACGUUGUCCUUGAGGAGUUUCCAUUUGCCAGAGUUCUACCAGCCUUUUUAGUCACUAUAGUGGCUUUUCUGCUCUGAAAGCAAAUCCUUAUUCAGGGAAGCCGGAGAAGAUCAGUUAGGGUGGACUUCAGCAGGUUCUGUUAAGUUUGAGCAAAAAGACACUAACUGUAUAUUGGGCCUAUGAAACAAAUCUGGGGAGCAUGUUAAAAUAUUAAUUAAAUUAGUUCUUUGAGAUAAUUAUUAUUGAUGUUCUGGAUUUAAAGAUAACACUGAUGUCAUGAAGAUAAUGUGUCCUGUGCAUGUUUAGCAAUAUCUGUGUCCUGUGGCUACUUCAUGUCCAUCAGGCAGCUCCCUUAUCAAAUCUCAGACAGGUGAAGUUCUGCUGUCUUGUAGUGAAAUCCCUAAAAGGACUACAGAGUGUCCACUGAGUAUGUAAACUAGAAGCCUCACGCUAGAGAUGUUAUGGGAAGAGAAUGGGUUUGGGUUUUUUGUUGAGGCUGGGUAUCUUUAUCCUGCUAUCCUGUCUGCAGCAUGCACUGGGGCUUCCACUCUGAGCUGCAUACCAGUACCAGAUGCCAGGCAUCAAUCAGUUCCUGAGAAUCAAUUUUUUUUCCUGUUAAAAAGUGGGGGAGACAGAUAUCAAAUGAUGAAAGUAGCUAUCUUUCUGCAGGCAUUUUCCCCAGAAUAACUGGGCAUCUAGUAAUUACUUAUUGAAAGUAGCUCUGAUAAAAGCAAGUGAGAAAACUUGUAAUUAGCAUAACUUACCUUCCUGUCUGAGCAUACAGCACCUGCUUAUGUAGAGUACAAAAUCCAGAGCUGAAAUACUCAGUCACUUCAUUCUAUAUUGUUUUGUUUAUGCUUGAUUUCUCUUCCAUGAUUUUUCUCUUACAAGAGUAAGGAGAUGCUAAUUGAAAACAAUGCAGAUAGAUUAAUGCUUAAAUUUUGUUUCAAGUUUUAGUAUUUCAAAUAUAUGGUGUCCUUUUUAAGAGGACUGAAGACUGCUGCAGGUGACUUUCCUUAAUAGCAUUUGCACAUUAAUAUCUACUACAGAAUAGUGAGGGAUGGAAAAUUUCUUGCUGCCUUUCCUCUAAAGGGUUAACACAAAUUAAUAUAAUUCUGGGAGAUCUGAGAUACUAGAAAACAUUCUUGCUUACAUAUCUUUGUGUUCAUCUAAGAAAGCCUGGCUAUAAAUUAAUGUGCAUAUAUUGUCCAGGCUGAUGAAGGACAUUACUUCUGUACACCUUCUGCUCUUCUCCCCUUACACCUCAAUGUUCUGUAUGAAAUGCCACAAACAGUACAAAUCUGGGAAUCAUGUUUCUGAGUCUGAAGUCUCCAGCUGUAGCCACAGGGUCUUCCUUGCUCUGCCUUUCUGCCCACCAGUACCUGGGUUCCUCUCAGGCAGACCUGUGUAGCAUGGAGCAAAGGAGAUCUGUGCUUACACAGGAGGCUGAUGAUGGCGUGACCAAAACUGCCAUGCUCAGCCUUUUUCUGCCUUCCUGUAUGAUCCUGAACCAGACACUUCUGUUUCAUUCUGCAGCUUCUGCUCCCGUUUUGUAGGAGGUGUAUGAAGGGGUGUUUGAAGAGUAUCAUAGACCUUGAAAAGUUGAGUUUUUCUGUAGGUGGAAUUGUGAAGUUGUGCUUCAUCCACUCCCUUCAGCACACCCCUGCCAUUGCCAGGCAGUUUCUAACUUACAAGCUUUUUGUAUCCUGUUCCUCUGUACAAGCAUCUUGCAUUUUUACUCGCAGGUAUAUUGAGAAAUACUGUAAAUGUGUCAUUUGUGUUGGAAGAUUGAUGGAAGAGCUGGAAAAGUCAGUCUACUUUUAGUCUGAAAUCUGAACACCUGACUGAUCAGGGUCUUCACUUGCUGGACUAGAUAACUUCUGUUUCCCAGCACCUAUAAUUUUGUAAACUUCUUUAUGCUUGUGCAAUAAUACCUGCUUAAGUGUUCUAAAGUUUCUACAUGUAUUUAACACUGGCUACUGCCUGCUUGGGGUUCUUCUGAAGUUCUUUCCCGUUGUUGGCCAAUUGUCAAAUGGUCUUAUGUAGAGAGAAUCUUGAUAGCCUUGAUAGCCUCUGUUUACUUACCAACAUGACUUCAGUUGAAAGCUUUGUUCUGGGUAUAGUAGUGCAGAUUAUUCUCUCUAGGCCAGUCUGGGAGGAGUUUCUGGCAUUUUAAUUUUUUUUCUUCCUGUACCCUUUGUAUUUUUCUUCUCAUUCUGUCCAAAUAUGUGCAAGAACCUAGCUGAAUUGGUCCUUCCAUCCCAGGGGUGCAUAGAUGACUUUCUUAAUUAAUUUGUAUGUGCCCCACUUUGAAGAUCUUUGUGUAUUCUUUUAGGAACAGAUACUGUCUUUUUAGGAGUGGUCAUAUUGUCAUUUCAUAAAUGUAUUGAGUUUUCUUGAUGUAAUUUCAUCUUGAGUUUUUUUCUUUCAACUGCCUCCCUCUGAAAUCUUGUUUACUUGAUGAUUAGUUAUCACUUGUAAUGUUUUCUAUCUGUGCAAAAACACUUCAAAGCCUUUUCCUAAUUUGCUUUUUCUUUAAAGUAUGAAUGGAGGGUAUCCUAGAUCAACUUUCGUUUUGAUAGUAAGAGGAAUGCACCUUUUCUAAAAUCUCUCUUAAGACAGCAAUCCCUAAUUGUCCUUCAAGGUUUUUUCUAUACUUUUUCCAAAUUGACUUGAAUGCACAUGAUUUGGACCUGUGUUCAGUAUUCCAGAUGAAAAAAAUGGCUGUGCUGCUUAUUUGUAAUUUUUUUUGAUAUUUUUUGUGGGGUUUUUUUGUGUAUAUGUAUAUUUGAUCUGGAGAAGUUAACUAAAAUAAUCCAUCCUUUUUCCUAUAAAAGGCCAGUUCACUGGGCGGGGGUUGGGGGGGAGGGAGGGAGUUAAUCACUGUCAGAAUAAUAACAGAAUGGAAUAGUAUCAUCACAUUGUCAAAGUUAUAUUUAUUACAUUAUUUGUUCAGUGUAGAGUGGAUUUAAAAAUAUGUAAACUGUGAUAUAAGAAAUGCUUUAAAUAUUGGGAUUUAAUAAAACUUUAUUUGCUUAU